GUCGUUUCCUCCUUGGACAACUAAGAGGAAGAUAAUUGGUUUUCAUGAAUUCAAUUAGCCAGGACAAUAAUUGUUAAAAAAUUUCAUACACAUCGAAUAAAAUUCAGUUUAUGGGAAACUAAUGUAAGGAAAUCGCGAUAGCAUAGAAGGAAAAAAAGAGUUUCUAACAAGGUAACACUUUGGUUAUCAAAGAAUCAAUACGCCAAAGUUGUCUCUGGUUCAUCGAGCAAACAGAUGACGAUGGAACUAGUCUAAUAAACACAAAAAAGUUUGGCCCAAGAGAUUGGUUCAUUAAUGUUUGACUGGAGCUGAAGUACAGGAUUGACUUGUUGAAUGCAACGAAUUGUGAUCUUGACUUGAAAAAUAUGGCUAAGGGUACACCUGGAGUCAAUUGGUUGUCUAUUCUUCUGGUGGUGAUUAAUUGUACGUAGUGGUUAUCUAUUCCUUUCUUUGAAUUUUCUCCAUCUCUCUGUUCCUUUUCCUUCUCUACAUAACCAAUACGACAUCAUAUGAUAAUGCAAUUGAUACAGAAUAUUACCAAAUGGUUUUGGAUCAUAAGCAACUGCUUAAACCGUAGCGGUUGGCCUAAUUACAGAAAAAAUAAUGGCCUAAUUACAUUGACAUAUACUAUGUUUUAGCGAGUUGGUUAUGUUAUUCGCAUGUAGGUAAGGUUUAGUUUUUUAGUGAUAUGUGUAAUAUAUUAAGCUUUUUGUAUAAGAGUGACAUAGAUUAGCUUUCAGCGAGUUGGUUAUGUUAUUCGCAUGUACGUAGCUAGGUAAGGUUGAGUUUUUUUAGUGAUAUUUUUAAUAUAUGAAAAUGUUAUGGGACAAUUCAAGUACCACAUCGGUAAUAUUUUUUGAAAGAGUAAUAUAUAUUAGUUUUUUAUCAUUAUAUGUUAAUUAAUGAAUCCGUACCUUGGAUUUUCAUAUUGAAGAUCAAUGAUAUUAACAGGUAAAUGAAUAAGAUAUUGUUGUCCAUUUCGAGAAGUCCCAAUAACUUACGAGAAAGUCUCCAACAUCAUCAAGGGGUAAAUUAAUCAAUGUGGAAGGUUCAUUACGAGAUUAUGCUUUCAAGCAACAUUUCAUCAGUUGCAACUCAAUUUCUUGGAAGUGGUUAAAAAAGAUGAAAAAUUAUUUCUUGCCCAAAAUAUUCAACCGUUUAAGUCUCAGUGGCAGUUUAACUGUAGGAUGCGGCGAAUCUAGUCUCCCAAUUUCUCUUCAUUUUUCUUCUUCUGAUAGUGUGAUAAGUUAAGUACAAUUUGUUGUUAUUUAUUUGUUCUGAAGCUUCUUAAUUAGGCUUUCAUCAAUUGCAGGUUGGAACUUAUUUGAGCCUGGUAGAUGUACCAAACCGUAAUCAUAUGUGUGGAUAAGCAACUGAAUCAGGAGGACUAAUUAACUAUGUUAAAACAAAACAGUCUAGAACUAAGUAAUCUACUUUGUAACUUACAAAAUAAACAAAUAUACAUAUUUUGUGUUUGGAUCAUCCAUGGGAAAAUUUUAAAAAUUACCAAAUAAUGUACAUGGUAGCUAAAUCAACUCAACUUUGAAAGUAAAAAAAAAAAACAAUAAGUUAGAAUGAAUUGGUAAUGAGGAAACAAUAUUUUUGUCCACUAUCGAAAAAUUACUGAUAAUGAAAAAAAAGAGGAAAGAACAGCUAUAAUGAUAAUAAAAAAGAAUAAUUUUGAUGAUUAGUACAUGUGUCUCCUGUCAUACGAGCACUCUGUUAUGAUAGUGGAUGAAAAUGCACGAAAAAUUAGAUUUUGAUACAUUAACGUACGUAAGUUAUCAUUUUGUAAUUAUCUUCGAGAUAAAAUUAAUUAAUCAUAUUGGACAAUCAUCCACUCAUACUUAGUAGAUUUUAAAGUUUGGUGUGAUCGUUAUAAAACCAGUGACAUUCUCUUAAAUCGAACUAAAACACACUAGAUGUGAAUUUUAAAUAGAUUUUUUUUUUCUUAAAAGGAGAAGCGGCUAGCUAGAGAAGUCUGAAAUAUGCAUGGAACUUUUUUUGGAAAGUCAAGAGUUCUGUUUUUUUCAACCUAAAGAUGAAAUGAAAUGACGAGGUGGGAGAACAGAGAUAGACAAAAAUUGGAUGUAAUAUAAUAGUCAGCCACAUCAUAAAUGAGACAGAAAAUUUGACCAAAUAUUAUGUUUGCAUUAUGAGUCCUAUGUAUAUAUGUUACAUUUGAAGCCCGUGAAUAGUACUCGUAUUUGGCUCCUCUCUACCUUUGGUGAUAAAGUAAAUGGUCUGGUCAGAGAUUGUGCACUGCAUUAUAGAAACACAACGAAAAAGGAAGAAAUUCAACGUUUUUACUUAGUAGAAAAGAAAAUUGAAUAUAUACAAGGAGGAACAGUAUAUUGGAUGUCUACACGAAUUCACAAUGUUGAUUAAAAGUUGUGCGUUUUACUUUAUCGAAAUUAUGAGAAAUUUAUGAUAUGAUAAUUUUUUUUAUUGUGAGAAACUACCCUCGUACUAAAUUUUUAUUUACAAGUUGUUGAGAUUAUGAGAAAUUAAUGAUAUGAAAUUUCUGAAUUUCGAAUGAUUAAUGAUACAUGUUAGGACAACCUUUCGAUAUCGGUUUAAAAAACAAAACAAGAACAAAUCAUUUGAAGAUGUGGAAUAAUGGGAGACAAAUGGGCCUGAUGUCCAUUAGGGUUUGUGUUCAUGUGCCUAAAACAUGUUGAAUUAUGAUUGCUUUGGUUAAUGGAAUGACAUGCACCUUUUAAAAGAGGUUAAUUUAGUCAACAACUCCAGCUCUUACAAGACUUAGGGGAUACUUAGUACUAUUGAAUUAAGAACCCUAAAUAUGAAAGGAAUUAUAAUGUGUAAAGUUUCUUUCUUUCUUUCAUGUUCCAAUGGUACGAAAUGUACAUGUUUUCUGAAAAUUAUUUAUGUGGGAAAAUGAGGUAUUGUUUGAAAUGUAUGUAAAUUUUCAAACUACAUCAUUUCUAACCAUUUGAGGUUACAACUUACAAGAAAGGAGGAAUGGCAUUUUUUAAGGGAAUACUAUUCAUAUUUCAAUGGUUUCAAUCACUUCAGUUAGCACGCAAAUUGUGUUUAUUUUUCUAUAUAAUAUUAGAAUUUUGACGAUUGAGACACCGCAGGUUAGAUUUCUAAAAAUUAUCGAUCAAUUUAAACACACAAGAUAAUGAAUCUAUACAAAUUCGAAAAUAAACUCUCACAAUAUUUAAAAUUAUUGAGAAGUAUUCAGUUUCGCGUAAGUUUACAAUAAAAAUACUUUACACACGAAUAAGGGCUUGGUCCAGUAGCAUUAAUACCACUAAUUUUGAACCUGAAAAUGUCAUGUUUAAAUCCUUUUAGCAGUAUCUAACUAAAAAGAAAAUCCAAACCUAUAUCAUUCUUAUAAAAAAAGUGUUUGCAAAUAUAUUAAUUUCUUAAUACUUCUAGUUCUAGUUUUGUUCUUCUCAUUGCCCUUUGUUUUUAAGUUGUAUCGGGUCCUCUUAAGUUUACAGAAUGAUAAAUACAAGUUAUAGUCUUGCUCAUUAUCAACCACAUGAGUUAUUGUAAUUCAAAAUUAUUCGCUACAUAAUAUCAUCACCCGUCAUUAAAAGAUCUAAUGUCAAAUCCUAAUCACGACCCCUAUAAAAAAGUUCAUAUAAACACAUAGUACAACAUGAUGUGCAAACUUUAAUCUAUACUAUUUUUUUUUCUUUUCAAGUAUGUGUUAUAUUAAAGGUAUCAUGUGAAAUGCCAAACUUUUAUAGAUAAUUGCUUACCCAAAAUUGAUAACAUGCAAAUUACGCCACUUUAAUAGUUGUUGAAUAAACUUAAGAACACUAUCAUAUAUUUUAUGCCUCUAUUAUAAGUAUACAUAACUUCUUUUUGCACGAAUUGAAUCAUAAAGAAAACAUUAAAGUUGUUAACUUUUUUUAUGCUUUAGGUUCUAGUAUUGAACAAAAUACUACUAAGAGACAUUAAGAAUUGGUGAGGUCUGUGAUGGCAACUAAAUAAUUAAAAAAGUCAGAGAGGUUAGACAUUAGAGGAACGGAAAGCUAGCAAAGGAAGAAAAGAGGACUCUUUCCAAAGACGAAACAAAUUUAUUAAAACCAUACACAUAGCCAUAAAAAGGUAUCCAUCAACAUCUUUGAAAACUCUCCAUAGUCAAACUUCAUGACUUGACUUGGAGCAAAUCAAACCAACCAAACUCUCUUCCCUCACUCACUCACCUCCUUAAUAUAUUAAACUAUAUCAAAGCCCAAAUAAAUAACCAAGAAAAUAAAUCAUAUAAUUAUAGUCCCUAUACUAUGUCAUUUUGACAAACACAACCUUGUCCUACAACUUCAACACAUAAUUAAGCACCAUAUGUCCUAUGUCAUUCAUCCAUUUUUUGUCCCUUCAUUAAUUUGGUUUUCAAGGGGAUAUUUUACUUAUUUGGUUGAUCGAUCCAUGAUGAAUAAACACAUUCUAAAUGACUCAGAUGACCGAAAGCUUGAAAUUCCAAUGGUUCACCUAUAUUAGAGUUCCCAACCCCACAUUCCAUUUUCAUGUUUACCAUGCAUGUGCAUGCAUCAGUUGGAGUUUAACGAGAUCACUGAUCAGGACUGAUUAAUGAGGUCAGACUGCAUGAUAAAAGACAUCGUUUUAUUAUCCAUGACAUGUGAAUCGCCUAGGAGACAUGUGUGUGCAUGCGAAAUAUAAGCACGGGUUGACCCGAUCAGUAACAAAUUUGGACAUGAUAUUUACCAAAUGGGCUAAAAAAAUUUAUUUGUUAAAGAGCACAUUACAUGAGGAUAUAUUUAGUAAAACAAUAUAGUAUAGGGAAUCAAAUGAUAAUAAGCCAAUAAAAGAAAGCGCCUUUAAUUAUAGACAUAGCUUUUGCUGUCUUCUCCCCUUUGAAAAUCUGCCUUCUGUUCAAUGCAAGUGGGCGGGCGCCUAUAUAGAGCAGCCAACCGCCCACCAUUUUUCUUCGUUCAUUCAAUAUUCCCUUCUCCAACGUUUCAUAUUUGGCCUUAUUAUCCAGUUUCCCGAGAUGAAUACUACUACUACUUACAUGACUGCAUGCUACGAAGAUGAUGACCACAGAAAGGAAGAAGAAGGAGAAGGAGAAGAGGGAGUCGAAGACGACGACGACGUUUCGCUUCCCGGGUUCCGGUUCCACCCGACGGACGAAGAGCUGCUGGGGUUCUACCUUCGAAGGAAGGUGGACAACAAGCCUCUCACCAUCGAGCUCAUCAAGCAAGUUGAUAUCUACAAAUACGAUCCCUGGGAUCUACCAAGGCCAAGUGGGGAUGGAGACAAAGAAGGAUACUUCUUCUGCAGGAGGGGGAGGAAGUACAGAAACAGCAUCCGGCCCAACCGGGUGACCGGCUCUGGGUUCUGGAAAGCAACCGGUAUCGACAAGCCGGUCUACUCAGCGGGCGGAUCGAAAGACUGCAUUGGGCUGAAGAAGACGUUAGUUUACUACCGCGGCAGCGCCGGGAAAGGCACCAAGACCGACUGGAUGAUGCAUGAGUUCCGCCUUCCCACCCCGGAAACCGCCGCCGCCGCCACCGCUAACCACGCCUUUUUUGGCCACGUCACCUCCCCGGCCUCCUCCCAAGAAGCUGAGGUAUGGACGAUCUGCCGAAUCUUCAAGAGAAGUUCAUCCAACAGAAAGUACACUCCAGACUGGAGGGAGCUGUCCACGUCAUCCAAACGCCCGGCCGCCACGAGUACUCACAACACAGGCGCCACUUCUUCCAUCACCGCCGCCGCCACGUCCAACAACUACAACUACAACUUCCCAUGCAGCAGCAGCACUACCUCUUUAAUGGAAUCCACCAAUAAUUACGCCUCAUCCUCGUCAGGUAAUUACAACACACGUGGCGGCGGACACCUCAUCGACUUCUCUGCUGCUGCUGCUGCGCCCGGCCACCACGUGGACAGGAAGCCAUCCGCCGCCGCCCUCGUCAGGAGCCACGUGGCAGCUACUGCAUCUAGCUUCAUGGCGCAGAGCAGUUUGACGUCGUCCAUGGCGGCAGCUGCCUCGUCCAACAUCUCGAGCCCGUACGGAAACGAGCAUAACAUUGGUAACGUCCAUCAUGAUGAUGAAGGUCAGUUAUUACAGUUUGGGGAUUUCGACGAGCUGAGAUCUGUGGUGGAGUUCGCUUUGGAUCCCUCCAACUCCCUUCUCUGAAUAUAUAUAUAUAUAUAUAUGUAUGUAUGUAUAAGCAAGCUCGCUUCCUUCCUUCCUUCUGCCUGAGUUAGACUGUGGGGGAGAUGGUACAUGUAUCGAUACGUAUGUAUAUAACAUAUAUUUAUAUCGGUAUAACUGGAAUGUAAUUCAUAUGGCUUUUUUUAGGGUAGAAAUAAUGUAUCUUAGCUAGCACACAUAUAUGCCUUAGUUUCACUACUGAAACUCAUUUACUCAGUAUUCAGUAAUAUGGAUACUGUCAUGAACCAGUUGGUUCUAACACGCCUUCUCAAACGAAAACCGAUUCAUGGGUUUGAAGUUUUUGCAAAGACAACUGUUAGUAUUGGGGGUCAUGGAGAUUCGAACACACGACCACUUGGCAAAACUAGCUCUGAUACCAUGUCAUGAACCAUUUGGUCCCAAUAACUCGAGUUGUUGAGAAAAGGUUAUGCUGGAUCUUAUACCAUACUCUAACAGAUACGGUUACUAUGCAACCGUAUCCAUGUCUAAUAAUGUUUUUCCUGUCCUCUUCCAGUAAUUCUCCCUUCCUCUUUUGCCUCUUAAUGAUCAUCUACACCAUUUUGUUCACUUCUCAAUUGUUCACAAAUACAACUUAAUUGAAUUUUUAUAGUUAGCCGUAAACCAGCUAAUUGAUUAUUAGCUCUAUGAACGUACACCAGCUGACAAAUUCUCUGGCUAUAGCUAGUAACCCCUUGACCACCAAUGGGCGACACUUCAACCGUCAAAACCACCACUCCCCAUAUCAUGUUAUAUAAUAUAUAUAUGUGAAGAAAUUGUUUCUGUUGGCACAGCUAAGCACGUCUGAGUGUACAUUGUACGUUCUACUUAACUCCUUUGAUUAGCUCUCUUCAAUGGAAGAAGCUUUGCUGAUUACAUAUAUAACUUAUCUGGGUUUUUUUUUAAUGGAGAAAGAGGCUUAUAAAUUACUUAUUUAUUCAUUUGGGUUGACACAUCAUAUCAAUAUUGUUAUUUUUAUAGAUGGAAAUUGACCUGUAUUCUAAAUAAAUUGAUUCACAGGACACAGAAUUGGUCCACCUACAGGGCUAGCUACUCGAUCGAUUGUGGUCUAACAUACACAAUCCUUGUGUUAAAUGAAGGCUAUUUUUUAAUGGUGACAUAUAUGUAUAUUCCUAAAUAAUAAUUAUUAUUAUUUUGUAUAUAUGGUUCAAUUAUUUUGGUUGAAUUUGGAAAGGCUUGACCGAAGACAGUUUCCUGUUUUUGUCAACGAAUUAAACUAUUCAUGCCUAGCUAGUUCGAUGGCCUCCCUUGGUGAGUGGUGUAAGGAUCAUACGUUUACUUUGAUUCAUUCUCAGUUGUUAUGAAUUAAUGGAGCACAUAAAAUUGAGGGGUACUUUAUUUAUUUAUUUAUUUAUAUUUCAUCAAUACUAACAAUGUCCUAUAUUGACUAUUCAUGUUGUCCAAAUCAACAUCCUAGCCAGAAUAGAGGUAUACUACCCUUAAUUUAUUAGUGGGAUCAUUAGAGCUUAUGAUUUAUAAAUCAUUUGACCUUAAUUUGCUUGCUCGGCUCGAUCACUGUUGUAAACCCACUCCCCCCCAAUAGGUCGGAUUAUCGGAAGAGGUCCAUGUAUAGAUCUUUAACAAUUUCUCACUCGCUCAUUCAAAUGAAAGUCAACUCAUUGAUUUGAAGUUUUCACAAGUUCGUCAUACCAUGUUCUUUAAAACAACUAUUAUCAUCUCAUAAACCAACUGGUGUCAUAUACUAACUAAGGUUGGUGGGAAGCUCCAUGUAUGGAUUUGAACUAAAGACAAUAAUCACACUUCUAUUAGCUACAGACAAUCGAAAACGUACAUAGUACAAUAGCGCACACUAUAGUCUGGCAUAGUUUCGCAAUCUCGCUUUCAGCAAUAUUGUACUACAAAAACUAAAGCUUUGAGAUUGAG